AUGCAUUCCCUCUGCCUGCUGCUGCUGCUGCUGCCGCUGACCCUGACCCUGACCCCGGGGCUCGGCCGAGCACAGCCGGGGCCACUUUCGCCCCAGGCUGUCGCCCUGCUCCGAGCCCUGGGGCUGAGCGAACCCCCUGCGCCCCGGCAACCCCGGCCCGUCCCCCCGCUGCUCUGGCGGCUCUUCCGCAAGAGCCAGGAGAAGCUGGCGGCCGCCAAGGAGACCCAAGAGCCCGAGGGGGCCGAGGGGCCCGAGCAGGCCCAGCCCUGCCACGUGGAGGAGCUGGGAGUCCCCGGAAAUAUCGUCCGGCUUGUCCCAGACCGUGGUGGCUCGGUCCAGCUCGAGGAGCCAGCCCUGCCCCCCCUGUGCGCGGAGAAGCCCCUCUUCUUCAACCUGUCGGCCCUGGCCCCCGAGGAGCAGCCGACCCUGGUCCGGCUGGAGCUGCAUCUGGGCCCCGCCGGCGCCCAGGGGCCCCCAGGGCCAGGCUGGGAGCUCAGCCUGUCCCUAGCCCCGGGGCCCCAGCUGUGGGGCCGGCAGGCCCACUGGCACCACCGCCAGCUCCUCCUGACGCAGCCCCUGCCUCCGGGCCGGGACACCAUCCACCUGGACCUGCUGGACUUGGGGCCCGUGGGGGCGUCCCCCCUCCCGCGCAACCUGAGCUUGGUCCUGGAGAUCCUGCAUGGCAGCGGGGGCGACGGCAACGGCACAGAGGCCGCCUGUGCCAGCCUGGGCCGCUCCCUGGAGGCCUCCCUGCUGGUGGUGACCCUCCACCCCCAGCAGUGCCGGCCCGUGGCCAGGAGGCGACGGGCAGUGGCCCCGGCGGCCCCGGCCCCCGACCGCGUCUGCAGGCCCCACCAGCUGUACGUCAGCUUCCGGGACGUGGGUUGGCACGACUGGAUCAUCGCCCCGCGCGGCUUCAUGGCCAACUACUGCCGGGGCUCCUGCCCCUUCCCCCUGGCCACCCAGCUCAACAGUGUCAACCACGCCAUCCUGCAGUCCCUGAUGCACUCCGUGGCCCCGGCCCAGACCCCUCUCCCCUGCUGCAUCCCCAUCAGGCUCUCGCCCAUCUCUGUGCUCUUCUACGACAACGGCGACAACGUGGUCCUGCGGCACUACGAGGACAUGGUGGUGGACGAGUGCGGGUGCAGGUGA